AUGGAUCACACAUACGACAAUCUGUCCGGACUAGACCAAGCCCAAGCCCGGCAUAACUCGACCAUUUCUAUGGCUCGAACCAUGCGUGUGGGCAAGGAGCGCAAUCUUGUUGUAGAGCGGGAUGAAAAGCCACGGAAACAGAGGAAGCGAGCCCUAGUCGCAUGUAAUCGAUGCCGGAAGAGAAAAAUAAAGUGCAACGGUGAUCUUAACACUGGCCUGGCUUGUUCCAGCUGCCGUAGUGUUGGAGCAACAGAAUGCCAAUACAUACGAGUCAACUCUUUGGCCCCCGAAGACGCUGCCAGAGAAGCAGCUAGGCUUUAUGCAACCAAAGGCCACGGAAGAUCAAUUCUCAUGGGCUCCCCUCAAAUGCGGGCUCCAUACCGAGAAGAAUACGAGCUGGAUAUCCAGUCCAACUUCUCACGGCAACCCGUCGGCAUGGACCACCACUAUGAUGACCAUUCAGCCAACUACCACGGCCAAACACCGCCAGGGUACAUGCUAUCUAGCACUUCGGGAGCAAUGCUCGACUACGGUACCGCGGCCGCGGCAUGGGGGAACCGGGCCUGGGAUCUGAACGGCAGACCCACCAACGGCGAAUUCUUCGAAGAACAAAGCGGCAACAUGAACCAAGCUGCCUACGGCUUCGUCCUCCCAGGCCAUGGCAUGUCCACCGAGAUCACAGACGCUGUAGACCGGACCCUCCCAGCACCCCCAACCUGCCGAAGCCAGCCCCAGCAAAACGUCAACCUCUCAACCCUCCCAGACGGCCUCUCAGGCAUGACCCUAGCCACAGAUGCUAAGGGCUGGAACUCACGGUACACAACCUCCCCAGACGGCCGCACAGUCCCAAUGCCCACCCUCCCAAGCAACGGUCUUUACAAUAUCACCCCCUCACGCGUCAAGUCAACCGACUCAGACGACGGAACACCAGACCUCGUCUUCGGAUACAUCCCCAUGUCUAGCACCCAAGAUCCCUCCCCUCUCCCCGCAGCCUCAUCCUCCAUGGCCCCCUCAGCUGCAAACCCACCCUACCCAGCCCUAGACACGAUAGAGAGCACUCUUGUGGGCGAGUACAGCACCUCCGAUGCACGUCUGGGACGCACCGGACAGCGUCUUCUCGUGCUAAGUUCUGAUUGCGCACCCGAUGUGUAUGGGUACUCGGGCAGUGAGCGCAAGAAGUCCAGGGGUGUUAUUGAGGGUGAUGUGCGUUACUCGGCGCCGACGCUUGUGAAUGGGUUGCCCUAUACGCGUGUUCGACAUGCGGACUCGGCGGUUGGUCUGCCGUAUGGUUUUUUGCCUGAUGGCUUGUCUGACUAUGGGCGGUCGGUUGAUAGUCUCCAUCGGUCUCCGGUUUCGCCUCUGGGUCGUCAGGGGGCGUAUUGA